CCCCACCCCCCACCCCCCCCUCUCUCUCUCUAACAUUUUCUCGCUCUAGAAACCUCACUUCAAGAUUGCUAUCAAUGGCGAUUCGAACUAAGAUACCGUAUUACCUCGCCACCAGAGUCAAUAAAUCCAAUAUCUUUUACCUCCUCUUGACCGCCAUCUUAUUUUUCGUUGCCUACUUCAUCGGUAUUUGGCAACACGGCGGCGUAACCGGCGGCCCAGCCGCCGAUGCCGACGUCGUCCCAAGAAUACCGUGCAAACCAUCAAGAAACACCACCGCCUACAAUCCCAAUCCCCUCGAUUUCACGGCCCACCACACGGCGGAAGAUACUCACCCAAUCUCACCGGUGGCGCGUGUGAAACACCUUCCGCCGUGUGACCCGAAUUUCAGUGACUACACGCCGUGCGAGGACGCCAAGCGGUCGUUGAAGUUUGAUCGAGGGAGAUUAAUAUAUAGAGAGAGACACUGUCCUGAAGUUGGCGAAUUAUUGAAGUGUAGAAUUCCGGCGCCGUUCGGGUACAGGACGCCGGUACGGUGGCCGGAGAGUCGUGACUCGGUGUGGUACGCGAACGUGCCACAUAAGCAUUUGACAGUGGAGAAAGCGGGUCAGAACUGGGUCCGGUUCGAGGGGGACCGGUUCAGGUUUCCGGGUGGUGGGACCAUGUUUCCUCGUGGUGCUGAUGCGUACAUUAAUGAUAUCGGAAAGUUGAUCAAUCUCCGAGAUGGCUCUAUUCGGACCGCCAUUGAUACUGGUUGUGGGGUUGCUAGUUGGGGAGCUUAUCUUACAUCUAGGAACAUCUUAACAGUGUCAUUUGCACCGAGAGACACUCAUGUAGCUCAAGUGCAAUUUGCUCUCGAGCGAGGAGUUCCUGCGUUGAUUGGUGUGCUAGCUUCCAUUAGACUACCUUACCCUUCCAGAGCAUUUGACAUGGCUCAUUGCUCUCGCUGCCUCAUUCCUUGGGGCCAAUACGAUGGGCUUUACUUGAUUGAAGUUGAUCGGAUUUUACGUCCUGGUGGGUACUGGAUCCUUUCGGGGCCACCUAUAAACUGGGAGAGACACUGGAAAGGCUGGGAUAGGACUGCUGAAGAUUUGAAAGCCGAACAAUAUGUAAUUGAGAGCGUAGCGAAAAGCCUAUGCUGGAAGAAAUUGAAACAAAAGGAUGAUCUUGCUAUUUGGCAGAAACCCAGUAAUCAUAUACAUUGUAAAAUUAAUCGGAAGGUUUUCAAGAAUCCGCGGUUCUGCAAGGCACGCGAUCCAGACAAGGCAUGGUAUACGAAGAUGGAAGCCUGUUUAACUCCUCUGCCUGAAGUGUCCGACAUUAAGGAAACUGCUGGAGGACAGCUAACAAAGUGGCCGGAGAGACUGACUGCAGUUCCUCCGAGGGUAAUUAGCGGAAGCUUAACUGGAAUUACAGCAGAGAUUUUCAAAAAAGAUACAGAAAUUUGGAAAAAGAGAUUAUCGCAUUAUAAGUCUAUAGACUACCAGCUAGCAGAGCGAGGAAGGUACCGCAACUUGCUUGAUAUGAAUUCUUACUUGGGAGGGUUUGCAGCUGCACUUGUCGAUGAUCCAGUGUGGGUUAUGAACGUUGUGCCUGUUGAGGCGAAGAUCGACACUCUUGGAGUCAUCUACGAGCGUGGACUUAUUGGUACUUAUCAAAACUGGUGCGAGGCCAUGUCUACUUAUCCAAGAACUUACGACUUCAUUCAUGCCGAUUCUGUUUUUACCCUCUACAAAGACAGAUGUGAAAUUGAAGAUAUUUUGUUAGAAAUGGAUAGAAUAUUACGACCACAAGGUAGUGUGAUUAUCCGAGAUGAUGUUGAUAUUCUGGUGAGCGUGAAGAGCAUCGUAGACGGACUUCAAUGGGAAAGCAGAAUGGUGGAGAAUGAAGGUAGCCCUCAUGCCAGAGAGAAGCUUCUAAUUGCAGUUAAGCAGUAUUGGACUGCCUCUGCUACUGACCAAAAUUCAAAAGGGUCCAGAACAGCUUCCUAGUACUGCAUGUUUUGUUUUGCCUCUCUUUUAUAGUUGAUGGUUAUUCAAAAUUUUCAAAUUUUUUUGUUAAUAAUUCUUUGGAAGAAAAUAAUCUUUUAUGCCCUCCUUUUUUUGGAUAGCAGAGUCUGAUAGGCACACCUAAUAAAGAUGUAACUUUUUUUUUUUUUCUUUCUUUUUUUUUUUUUUUUUUAAUACCAAAUAGAGAUAUUUGACUGUAAGCUUUCAUAAUUACAUCUCACUAAGAACAAGUUUUGAUA